GCUAUGGCAAUGCCUUUAUCUCCACUGUCAUUACUCCAACCCGGUGAAGGUUAUGUUUUAGAACAACAACAACCGUCGUAAACAUUCUAAAAUCUCUGACUUGUAUACCUCAGCCGAAUCACGAAACUCCCAGCAAUGACUGCCGAUAUUUUCAACUUGCAACUUCCAGAGGUGAAGCGGGAUCUCUACGCGGCCAUAAUCGAGUGCAAUAAACGAUGUCUGACGCGAACCGCCAAGUGGUUGGCCGAAAUGAACCACGGACUGGGCGACAUAGCUGUGCCCGAAAAUGUCCAUCAGGAUGUCUCGUCCGGUAUAGCAGAGAAGGAGUACGAUGACUACUAUCUGGCUAAAAGUUACUUUGAUUUGAGGGAGUACGACCGGGCUGCGUACUUCACACGGAACUGUGAGUCGCCGGUGCCUCUGUUUCUACGUUUUUACUCGACUUACAUGGCCCGAGAGAAGAAACGCUUGGACAGCAUAACAGAUAAUUCGAACCUGAAUGACAGUGGAUAUAUCAAGGACUUAUCGGACUUGUUAGCGCAGUUAAAAUCGCUGCACAGUCAAAGGAAACUGGAUGGAUAUUGUCUGUAUAUUUAUGGAGUUGUUUUGAAGAAGCUGGACCUGACGCAAAGUGCCGUGAAUAUCCUGAUAGAGUCUAUCCACGCUUGCCCGAUGCUGUGGGCAUCAUGGGUUGAACUCUCACCGCUGAUUACUGAUAAGGAAAAGUUGCAAAGUCUGAAUCUGCCGAAGCAUUGGAUGAAACAGUUCUUCAUAGGCUACGCGUUGAUUGAACUGUACUUGAACGACGAAGGAUUGAAACAUUAUGAGGAACUGCAGGCGGCUGGCUUCAACAAAUGCGUGCACAUCACCUCGCAAAUGGCCAUCGCCUAUCACAAUAAAAGAGAUGUGGAUAAAGCCAUUGAGGUCUUUCGCGGGCUGCAACAAGUUGAUCCCUAUCGACUAGACAACAUGGAUACUUACUCAAACUUGUUGUUUGUGAAGGAGCUGAAAGCAGAUAUGGCGUAUCUGGCGCACAAAGCAGUGGAAAUCAACAAAUAUCGACCGGAAACGUGUUGUGUAAUAGGGAACUACUACAGCAUACGAGGGGACCACCAGAAGGCGAUCGUCUACUUUCAGAGGGCGUUGAAACUGAAUCCGCAGUAUCUGGCGGCCUGGACGCUGAUGGGGCAUGAAUUUAUGGAAUUAAAGAACAUUAAUGCCGCAAUUCAAAGUUAUAGGAAAGCUGUUGAGGUCAACCGACGGGACUAUCGUGCAUGGUACGGUCUCGGGCAGGCCUAUGAAAUACUCAAGAUGAAUUUCUACAGUUUAUACUAUUUCAAAAUUGCACACCAACUAAGGCCCUACGACAGUCGCAUGUUAGUUGCAUUGGCUGAAACUUACGAGCGCCUAGACAAAAAUCCCAAUGCCAUAAAGUGUUAUGAAAAAGCCUGCAACGUGGGUGAUAUUGAGGGUGUUGCACUUUUCAAAUUAGCGAGUCUUUAUGAGAAAUUGGGAGACGUGGAGAAAGCAGUUCCUGCGUAUGUUCAGUUUUGCAUGGACGAAAGGGCAACGUGUGAUAAGCAGUCACUGUUCCAGGCUUACAUUACUUUAGCGAAUUAUUAUGAAAGCAAAGGGAAUUAUGAGGAGGCAUCGCACUAUGCGUAUAAGUGCUUGGAAUCUGACGAGAAAAAAUCAGAAGCAAAAUCUCUUUUGAAAACCAUCGAGAAUAGACGGACACACCGACCAGCUACACCUCAUUCAGCCAGUGAGGACAUCGAUUGCCAUGAAGUUUGGAUGGAUGAAACGGAUAUGGUCAUAGAGAAUUCGCCGAGUGGAGAAAAUUCCUGUACAACCGAACCGAUUGCCAGACAGGACGAACAACAGCCAGUACGGGAUACUGGCGAUUUGAAUGAUCGAGAUGACGAAUUAGAUAUGUCGACUAUUUCAAUGGAUUAACAGUGGUUAUUUGUUAAUAAAGAAAAUUGAAGGA